AUGAAGACGCCACUUCGAAUAGCCAUCCUAGAGUGCGACACGCCACCGGCAGCUGUUGUUGAGAAAUAUGGCAGAUAUGACCGUAUCUUCACCACCUUACUGGAAACAGCAGCUACGGAACUGGGCUUAUCGCCGAAGCAAGACCUGGAGUUGAGCGCAUUCGAUGUGGUCACAGCACAGGAGUAUCCUGACUCGCAAGAUGUAGAUGCUGUGCUGAUUUCAGGCUCAAAACACAAUUCCUUCGAUAAUGACCCAUGGAUUCUGAAGCUUGUCGACUUCACUGAGAGGCUGCUGAAGCAAGACCGCGUUCGAAUCAUUGGUGUUUGCUUUGGUCAUCAGAUUCUUGGAAGAGCCGCGGGGGCUAAAGUCGGACGGAGCGACGAUGGAUGGGAGAUCUCAGUCUUGCCUGUGCAACUUACCGCAAAAGGCAAAGAGAUCUUUCAACAAGAUACCUUGGCAAUCCACCAGAUGCAUAAAGAUAUCGUUUUUGAGUACCCAGACGGCGUGGAGAAGCUGGGUGGAUCACCACGCUGUCUGGUGCAGGGUAUGUACAAGAAAGGCAAGCUCAUCUCUGUGCAAGGGCAUCCUGAAUUCACUGAGCCUAUCGUAACCUACUUGGUCAAAAUGAGGGCGGAGCAGGGUAUCUUUGAUGAUGAGCAAGCAAAGGAUGCGCUGGAGAGAGGGACGCGCGUCCAUAUUUACCGAUGGCUCAACAGCGACGCAGCUCGCAAGAAGGCUGGCGAUACACAACUACACAGCCUCCCGGUCAUAGAAACCGACAAGAAGUGGACUAAGAAGAUACAUCCGGGUAUCUCAACCUUUGGCGAACACCCACACGACGUCGGGUCUGAACACCUCGAUAAGCUCCUUAGCCAUGCGCUCAAACAUGUACCCCUCGAAGAAGUCCCGAAUACGCCUCUGUUCCUGCUUGCGACAGCGGGCAUGCGCAUACUCCCCGAGCGACAACGGAAAGAAGUGUUGAAGGAAGUCUGCAAAUUCGCGCGUAGUACGACUCAGUUCCAACUACCGGAUUGCGACGUGCACGUGCAGGUCAUACCAGGAGAGACAGAGGGUCUGUAUGGUUGGAUAGCCGCGAAUUACCUGCUCGGCGGGUUCGAUCAGCCGAAAGAACACGAUCAUGGCAAAGGACACAACACUUAUGGAUUUCUGGAUAUGGGAGGUGCGUCAGCUCAGAUCGCCUUCGCACCGAAUGCGACCGAAGCGGAGAAGCACGCAAACGACUUGACGCUCAUGCGAUUACGAACGAUUGAUGGCACACCGCUGGAGUACAAGGUGUUUGUGACAACUUGGCUGGGGUUUGGCGUGAAUCAAGCGAGAGAGCGAUAUAUCAAGGCUUUGCUAGAGUCGAGCGCGGAGACUGAGCUACCCGAUCCUUGCCUACCCGCAGCUCUCAAAGUAGAGGUUACAAAAGAUGGAAGAAUCAUCGACUCAGACGACGAGGGUGAUGAUGAGCCCAAACAGAAGGCGGCGGCGAAGUUGAUUGGCACGGGACAGUUUGCGGAAUGCUUGCAUCAGACGUACCCAUUGUUGGAGAAAGAGAAGGAGUGUAAGGACUCGCCAUGCCUGAUCAACGGUCAGCAUGUACCAGCCAUCGAUUUCAACGUAAACCACUUUGUAGGCGUAUCCGAGUACUGGCAUACUACACACGAAAUCUUCGAACAUGGACACAAGGACAAGGCAUAUGACCUCCAAACAUACCAGGAGCGGGUGGAAGAGUUCUGUAGUCAAGACUGGAAGAGCAUCGAAAAGGGCAUCAAGAAGGAAAAGUGGGGUCAUAAGGUUGACGAGGAGAAGGCACAGGAGGUGUGCUUCAAAGCUUCCUGGAUCAUCAAUAUGCUCCACGACGGAAUCGGCGUACCUCGAGUUGGCAUUGAAGACAUGAAGGGCAGCAAAAACACCACUAAAUCUGUCGUCGACAGUGCAAAAGCAAAGGGAUUCCUGGACCCGUUUCAAGCAGUCAACAAGAUUAACGACGUCGAAGUCAGCUGGACUCUUGGAAAGAUGGUCCUUUACGCCUCAAGCGAGGUCCCACCGCCAUCUGAGAAAGCGCUAGCAGUAGGUUUUGGAUCCAACGUUCCUGGUAUACCAUCGGACUUCCAAUACCCCGGUGGCGUACCUAGACAGUACGAAUCAGACAGCGACUGGCAUCGCCUGUUUGUAGAGAAUCCGCAACGUAUACCGGGCUUUUUCAUCAUGAUAUUCAUCUUCAUUUUCAUCUUCUGCCUCAUACUUGGUAAAGAUAAGAGGAAUGCAGCCAAACAAUCUAUCAGCAGACUUUUCAAGAGCAAACAGGGCAAAGAUCCUCUGCACCGCCGUCGUGGCCGCGGCUUCCCGGCGAAACUUUUCGGCCUAGGCGGUUCCUCGUCUCAGACCCAGCAACCCUACGAACGUGUGGACUUGGAAGAUGGCGAUGCAGCGAAUGAAUUCGAACUUGAAGAGACUUAUUUGGAGUCAUCAGAUAAUGAAUUCUCUGAUUCUUCUGAGGGCUCCAAGGUAGGAAGGACGAGUGGUUGGGCGACGCCGCAGAUCAAGACUGAGCCUGCUCCGGGUGGACCGAGUUACUUCGGUGCCACGACAACCGGAGACGUGCAUCCCCGAAUCAUUCCUUCAGUUUGGGCAGACCCGAGUUUGUGGCUGAGCAACGACAUGGAGCUGCAAACCCAAGGGAAAGGUGCUAAGAAGGGUAGUUACCAGACUCUUUCUCUCAAAUACUCGUCCAUCGGCUCUUGCCUCCGCUCUUUACUACGUGCAAGGCUGCAACACCGUCCUCUCGCCUUAGCCGCCAUCACCAAUAGUAUCCUCCGAAGUCACCGGAACUCUACACCUGAUAUCGCUACGCUUACGUCCAUUACUCGUCUGCCUGCUGCACAGCCCCCCCCCUUCAGCCUUCCAUUGCAGCCUCGAGCGCACAAGGCUACCGCGAUGGCGAACAACGACGCGAGCAAUGCUCCUUCAAGGCCACGAGCACCGACCAUCACCAUCGACACAUCUGCUACCAACGACCCUACCAUGGGCGACUCGGUACCCUUAGGAGACAUUCAAGAUAAUAACCGACCAGCAACACAUUCUAAUACCGAUAAUGUCUCGCCCACACACACAAGGCAACAGUCACAAGAACUGCGUAAUGCGCAUUCUUUCGAUAGCAAGGAGAGCAGACCCACGAGCCCGCAUAACAUCAGCUCCCCGGUCAUGACAUGGAACAACAAUGCUGGUCUACUCAACGUCCCUGGUGCGCGAUCCCGCGGCAACUCGGUCGAUUCGGCGACGGACAAUGGCGAAUCUAAUAGCACUGGAACAUAUGUCGCAUCAUCACAAGGUGAUACAUUGAAGGGAGACUUGGGACCAACCGAAGUCAUGAACGAUAAAGAUGCUUUGAAGCCCGAUCCGGGCACUGAGGCUGACUUCGAGGUCGAGAACAACAAGUUCGCCUUUUCGCCUGGACAACUAGGAAAGCUUUACAACCCAAAAAGUUUAUCAGCUUUCCAUGCUCUCGGCGGCCUUGACGGUAUAGAAAAAGGUCUUAGAUCCGACCGCAAGGCCGGCUUAAGUAUUGACGAGCAACAUCUGGACGGCGUUGUGACCUUUGAGGAGGCUAUCACUCCGAGCCGGACCGAGUCUCCACAAAAGUCGUCUCCAAAUGGAGUAGCUCACACCGACAGCGCGCUCUCUGGAUCUAAAGAAGACGCCUUUGCCGACAGGAAACGUAUUUUCAGUGAUAACCGCCUUCCAGUGCGGAAACCGAAGAACAUUUUUCAACUAGCAUGGAUGGCCUAUAACGACAAGGUCCUAAUCUUGCUUACAUGCGCUGCUGUCAUUUCGUUGGCCCUUGGACUCUACCAAACUUUUGGCGUAGAGCACAAGGACGGCGAGCCUGCUGUCGAGUGGAUCGAAGGUGUCGCCAUCAUUGUCGCCAUCGUCAUCGUAGUUGUCGUAGGUGCGGCAAACGAUUGGCAAAAAGAACGACAGUUUGUCAAACUCAAUAAAAAGAAGGAGGACAGGACUAUCAAGGUAAUACGCUCAGGCACAACUCGCGAAAUCUCCGUCUACGACAUCUUUGUUGGAGAUGUUGUCAAUCUUGAACCGGGUGACAUGAUUCCUGUGGAUGGUAUCCUCAUUCAAGGCCAUGGCAUCAAGUGCGACGAGUCUUCGGCUACCGGAGAGUCUGACCUACUCAAAAAGAUGUCUGGAGACGAGGCUUUCAAAGCUAUCGAGAGGCACGACAACCUCAAGAAGGUCGAUCCGUUUAUCCUAUCCGGCGCCAAAGUCUCCGAAGGUGUUGGUUCUUUCAUGGUAACCGCUACUGGUGUACAUUCUAGCUACGGAAAAACGAUGAUGUCCCUGCGCGAAGACAGCGAAGUCACUCCCUUGCAGAACAAACUGAACGUUCUUGCGACGUACAUCGCCAAGCUUGGUGGAGCAGCUGCCCUGUUGCUCUUUGUUGUGCUCUUCAUCGAGUUCCUCGUCCGCCUAAAAGGCAGCUCCGCUACGCCUGCUGAGAAGGGUCAAAACUUUCUCAACAUUCUCAUCGUCGCCAUCACAGUCAUUGUCGUCGCCGUGCCUGAGGGACUGCCACUGGCUGUCACUCUUGCGCUAGCGUUUGCCACAACGCGUAUGUUGAAAGACAACAACUUGGUCCGUCUUCUCCGAUCUUGCGAAACCAUGGGAAACGCAACCACUAUCUGCUCCGACAAGACAGGCACAUUAACACAAAAUAAAAUGACGGUUGUUGCUGGCUCCCUAGGGACUGCUCUUCGCUUCGGCGACCACAAGCUCAAGGUAUCCUCAGCACCAUCUACCGAUGAUAGCAACAAGGGUAAAGAUGUGGCGGAGUCGCCUGUAGAGAACCCCAAUGAUGUUUCGGCGCCCGAAUUUGUUGCGACUUUGAACCAGGACGUCAAGGAUGUUCUACUGCAAUCAAUCAUUCAGAACACGACCGCCUUCGAGGGUCAGGCUGGAGGCCCUGAUCCGUUCAUUGGCUCUAAAACUGAAACCGCCCUACUCGGCUUCGCACGCGAUUUUCUCGGCAUGGGCAACGUUGCUCAGGCGCGAUCCAACGCCAACAUCGUACAGGUAAUACCUUUCGACUCGGCUAUCAAGUGUUCUGGGGCUGUUGCAAAACUAGACGAUGGUCGCUAUCGCAUGUACGUCAAGGGCGCGUCCGAAAUCCUACUGGGAAUGUGCGAUAAGAUCGUCACGGACGCCAACAAGGAGCUCGUCGAGACAUCUAUGACGGGGGACAACCGCGAGACCCUCGAACAGGUUAUUACCACCUACGCGUCUCGAUCUCUGCGAACUAUCGGCCUGAUAUACCGUGACUUCGAAAGCUGGCCUCCUGCUGAGUCUUCCAAGAACGAAGAUGACCCAAGCCAAGCUGUCUUCAAGGACGUCUCCAAGGAGAUGACUUUCCUGGCCGUCGUUGGUAUCCAAGAUCCUCUGCGAGACAGCGUUCGCGAAGCUGUCAAAGACUGUCAGCACGCCGGUGUCUACGUUCGCAUGGUCACUGGUGACAAUGUCCUCACCGCCAAAGCUAUCGCCGAAGACUGUGGAAUUCUUGUACCUGGUGGUGUCGUCAUGGAAGGUCCCACCUUCCGCAAGUUGUCAAAGCGAGACAUGGACGCUGUCAUCCCUAAGCUAUGUGUCCUCGCUCGUUCUAGUCCCGAAGACAAGCGUAGGCUUGUCAAACGCCUCAAAGAGCUCGGUGAGACUGUUGCCGUCACUGGUGACGGAACCAACGAUGCGCCAGCGCUAAAGACUGCCGAUGUCGGUUUUUCCAUGGGUAUUGCUGGUACAGAAGUCGCAAAGGAGGCAUCCGCCAUUAUUCUUAUGGACGACAAUUUUGCUUCUAUUGUCAAGGCACUGCUCUGGGGACGUGCAGUCAACGACGCUGUCAAGAAGUUCUUGCAGUUUCAGAUCACUGUCAACAUCACAGCGGUCCUGCUCACCUUCGUCUCUGCCGUAUCUAGCGAUGAUCAAACAUCUGUGCUGACCGCUGUUCAACUGCUUUGGGUCAACCUCAUCAUGGAUACCUUCGCCGCAUUGGCCCUCGCGACCGAUCCUCCGACACGCAGCCUUCUCGAUCGAAAGCCCGACCCGAAGUCUGCUCCUCUUAUCACAUUGAGGAUGUGGAAGAUGAUCAUCGGUCAAGCAAUCUACCAGCUGGUCGUCACCUUCAUCCUGUACUUCGCCGGCGAGUCUAUUCUCAGUUACCACAGUGAUCACGAGAGAGAGCAACUGCCAGCUUUAGUCUUCAACACCUUCGUCUGGAUGCAAAUCUUCAACGCAUUGAACAACCGUCGACUUGAUAACCGUUUCAACGUUUUUGAAGGCAUCACCCACAAUUGGUUCUUCAUCGUUAUCUUGGCUAUCAUGAUUGGUGGUCAGACGAUGAUCAUCUUUGUUGGUGGUGUCGCCUUCAAGGUGACGAGACUCAAUGGUGCUCAGUGGGGCUACUCGAUAGUCUUGGGUUUCCUUUCUCUGCCCGUUGGUGUAAUCGUUCGAUUGGUACCUGAUGAGCUCAUCCGGAAGUGCAUCCCCGACUUCUUCAGGCGUAAACGAACUCCCGAGCUUGUUAUUUCCGAUGACGACUAUCAGUGGAACCAGGGCUUGUUGGAGAUCCGCGACGAGCUUGCUUUCCUCCGGAAAGUACGUGGUGGGCGUCUUAGUGCCAUGAAGUUCAAGGUGCAACAUCCCAAGGAGAUAUUCACAAAGUCCCGCUCUAGCCAUUCACUGCCUGGCACCCCUAACAACGGCCCACAAGAUGACGGUUCUCAAGCGCCCCCCACACCGAACAGUCGUCGUCGUAAUAGGUCCCGUUCAAACUCCGCGUUCGGUCCGGCAACUGUUAUGGCUGGUAUUGUUGCCGGUAGUGUUGCCGGUUGGUCGCCAAUAGACCGUGGUCAUGGCGACAACGACUCCAUCAAAUUCAGCCGCGACGCGACCAAGCAAGAUCUUGAGGCACAGGAUGGCAUCGACGUGCAUCCGGAUACCAAGUCGACCGAUCCCAUUCUAGCGCCCGACGCGAGCGAGUAUCGUGGCCCUCCUAGUCAGAACAUGGAUACGACGCCAGAGUUCGUUGUGGGACCAUUCUCAGGCCACUCAGGAGAUAACUCCAAAUCAACCGGACCCGGAACAUAG